AUGUAUUUCAUUCAGACAAUUUUGAUCCUUUCAAUCACUAUCACCACAUCACUUCCCUCAACAAGGUCUCUUCCAAGCCCCGCUACACAUCUAACCCGACGUAAUUAUGACUAUGAGAUCAUACAUGUGGAUAACACCGCAUCUACGCCUCGGCCUACCUUACAUCUGUCCCAGCAAGACGAUUUAGGCCAUUGCUUGAAGAAACCCUUGACUCCGAGGCUUUGGAAUGAGAUGAAGAUGGAUGAUUAUUUGAGGUCUUACCCUGGUGGUAAUAACCUCACUUUGCCAGGUUAUGCAGAUCAAGUAGGCGUGACGAAUUUCCAGUGCGGGAUUGGAACUCAGUGUAGUCCUUCUCAGAUUUGCGCGGGCUCAGAUGGUAGAGACUGGUAUGCUUUAGCUUCGGCUCAUCGUUGGAAUACGUUUAACAACCAAAUCUACGAAGCGACGGCUUAUGCAAUUGGUAUUGUUUCAGACAUAACACCCACUAUGAUUGACGAUUUGAUUCCAGACCCCUCGAACUUUUGGACUUGUGCGGCAGUUUACUCCGGUGUUUUAGCUGCAGCAAUCACCGGAACACCGGCAGCUGUCUUUGGAGUAGGCGCUGGGAAGAUACUCUGGAUGAUGUUGAUUGGUGGAAUGUAUGUCGGUCCGGCCGUCACAUGGAUCAUGGCUAAUCUCGAAGUCCCCGAUCCACAAAAGUUCACCCGGUGGUCAGAAUCGAUAUAUAAGUUGCAAGAUUUUCAGAGUCACUUGCAGGCCGCACUCACCAAUUAUACUCAAGCUAUAAUCGAUUCUCCGAUCAGCUCUGAAAAAGGAUUGUAUGGCAUCUCGAAGAAUGGAACCAUGUUUGAAGAGAUUGCGAAUCAAUCCGAGAACGAAAUUCAGACGCGAUUGGAAACUACAUUGAAACUCAAAGCUCUUAAACAUAUCUUGAGGAUACAAAACGCCUUUAUCACUCGAGGAAGCGAACCGUGUAAUGGUGAUGGUCCAGGUGGUUCACGAGCUGGCAACGACCAACUUUCAUAUUGUGAUAGUUCAGGAAUCAUGAUGAACAUUGUGAUUGCGGAUAAGGAUCAAGAAAAGCCGCUUUAUCACGCUUCGCUCAUCUUUGAAAAAUAUGGAAUCAGUACCGAACUCUUGACUACUAUCGCUUGGAAAUGUCAAGAAAAAUAUGGAGAGUAUGAACAUAAGACAGUUGUGGAUACAACACAUCCAUACGACACGGACUCCUCCUGCCUGUUUAAUCUACCCGUAUGUGAUCUAACGAAGUAUAGAUCGGAUGACCACGAUAUGAACACAGUACAAGUGUGCCGGAAAGUCGCCAAGCUUCCUAUCUGA